GCGUCGGGUCCACCGCUCGUGCUGUUUAAUUCAGUCCUCUCAAGUUAUCGGUAGUGAUACCAGUGGCAUUGUCCUUUUUCCAAGAUUCAUCAGCUCUUCCCUCGAAAGGAUUUGAAUUCAAGAAAAAUUCAAAGGAUAUUUUCUUGAGCGUGAAUCUAUUCAUAAUUUUGCAAUUUCUCGGUCUGAUUUUAAAUCCUGGGAAUUUCCUCUUCAUUGCCAGAGCGAAACCACUGCACAUUUCAUAAAUUUUAUUUACAUCAGGAGGAAUUGCUCUGAACAUUUGAUUUUCGAAUUUGUUUACUAUUUUAUUUGCAAAAUGAGCCUUCGCUGGAUUCAGGAGAACCGAGUGGCCCCCACUUGCGACGAAGAAUCUAGUGACAUUGAGAAUAGUGGCACUGAUGACAGUUAUGACACUGAUUUAUCAAUAAAUAACGAUGACAGUUCGGGUAAACGUAGGGAGAAACGUAAUACCACACGUCAUUCUACCACAACGGUCACCUUCGAUGAAAACGGGUUUGUAAUGUUGCGGAAGGUACUGACGCUUCCCGAUGAUCAAAUAGCGUUAUUCAACGUGUCAUCGGUAUCAUUCGGAGUAAUUAGAAUACAAAAUUCAGAAACUGGGCAUUUCUUAGCCUUCAACGAGAAGGGACACCUCUACGGUGAGGUGAAAGAACAUAAAGAUAACACUGAAUGGGAACAAUGGAGUAUCGGUUCGUACGAGGCGUUUAGAUCCCACAAAUUUGCAACGAAGGGAUGGUGGAUUGGGAUAAAGAAGAAUGGGAGGCCAAAGGCAGGACUAAAAACUCAAUGGGGACAAAAAGCUGUACAGUUUCUGGUAAUUGGUCACCAUUGAAGGAUCAUGGAAAUGUUCAUAAUCG